AAAAACAGUCACUUGACAGUAGCGCUUUGUGGACGGCCGUCGAACGAUUUGUCGAUAUUCCGUUUCAUUACGUUCUCGAGAAACCUGUUAAAAGGGUGAUUGCAUGUCAUCGUUGAAUAACACCGUCGAUAGGAAAGUAACAAAGAAAUAACGUAAUUGAUUUUUACUCGUUUCUGUUGGUGCACUUAUUCCAAAGAAAUUAGAAAGUGAAACAGCAAAAAUGAAGAUUUGCAUCGCGCUUUGCGCGAUUCUUGUUGUGUCCACAGCAAGAGUAAUAAUUAAUGCUGAUGAUCCAACUGAUCAUCAUCUUCUAGGUGAAGAAGAAUGCACAUGGGGACCUUCAUAUUGGUGUGAAAAUAUUAAAACAGCAGCAGGAUGUAAUGCAACUAAACACUGUAUUAAAACAACAUGGAAAGAUAUGCAAGUACCAGAAGAUAAUGACAGUGUUUGUACCAUUUGCAAAGAUAUGGUUCAAGAAGCUCGCGAUCAGUUAGAAAGCAAUCAAACACAGCAAGAUUUGAAAGCUGUUUUUGAAGGAAGUUGCAAACUGAUUCAUAUAAAACCAAUUAUACACGAAUGUGUGUCAAUUGUAGAUCAGUUUAUUCCAGAGCUUGUUGAAACAUUGGCAUCACAAAUGAAUCCAUCUGUUGUUUGUUCUGUUUCUGGACUUUGCAAUUCUGCUCGUAUAGAUCAGCUACUACAAAAAUAUGAACAGUCCAAACCAAAGAUCGAUAAAGUAAAAUCUCGUUCUUUGGACAAAGACGAAUUAGAACCUGAUGAAUGUUCAAAAUGUUAUACAGUUGCAACACACAUGGAACAAAAGAUACAUAAGACUCCACAGGACAAAAUUUUACGACAAAUGCUUAAUCUAUGUGCAGAACUUGGUACCUUUACAGAUGCUUGUUCCGCGACAAUUUUAACUUACUUUGAUACAAUAUAUAGUCACUUACAAAAAAAUUUCAAUGCUCCAAAUAUAUGUCACUUAUCUGGUCAGUGCAGUGAUAAAUUCCACACACAUGAGGACACUGAUAAGACCCCGAAAGUAGAAAUCAGACCAUUGUCUAGUGUGGGUAUGGUUGAUGUAGGUAUCGAUCUUCCAUGUAAAUUAUGCGAACAACUUGUUGGACAUUUAAGAGAUCUUUUGGUAGCUAAUACCACAGAAGCAGAAUUUCUAGUAGUUUUGCAAGGAUUAUGCAAAGAAACUAAAUCGUUCUCUAGCGAAUGUACUGCAAUCGUCGAUGAAUAUUAUCCACAAAUCUAUGAAUAUCUCACAAACGAGUUAGAUAGUAACUUUGUUUGCCAAUUAAGUGGAAUAUGCCCUGGUCCUGAUAGACCAAUAGAUGAAGCACCAAUUUGGCCUUUAGUGCCUAAGGAGGCAGCUAAAACAGGUAUACGUAUUUUAAAAGAUGCAAACAAGGAAUUGGAAAAACAAAAUACAGAACUCAGUAAAUCCGAAGUAGAGUCAAUGCAAUUACCUAUUGAAAGAUUAUCACCUUUCCCGAUCUCAGAAGGUCCGCUAGGCGUUACUGGGAAAGAAACCUGUGCGUUGUGCGAGUAUAUCUUACAUUAUAUCCAAGAAACUAUGACAAAUCCUACUACAGAGGAUAAAUUAAAACAAGCAUUAGAAAAGGUGUGUACCAAGCUACCGGGAUCUAUAAAGGAUGAAUGUACAGAAUUUGUAGAUAGUUACGGAGACGCUAUUGUGGCUAUAUUAGUUCAAGAAAUUGAUCCAUCACAAGUAUGCCCCAUGUUGCGGCUAUGUCCCUCUGAAAGAUUAAUGAAACUUUGGGAAAGUGUUCCAGCAAAGUAUGUGCUCAAAGAAGAACAGAAUGAUAAGCCUAGUUGUCCACUGUGCUUACUUGCUGUGACGCAAAUUUAUGAAGUUAUAAAAAAUAACAAAACUGAGGCAAAUAUAGAAGAUCAGCUGAAUAAAUUAUGCUUUCAUUUGCCAGAAAGUUUAUCGGAACAAUGCACAGAUUUUGUGAAAGGUUACAGUAAAGAGCUUAUAGAAUUGUUACUUGCAGAUUUAACACCUCAAGAAGUAUGCGUGUACAUUAAAUUAUGUGAUGAUACGAAAAAUAUUGGCCCAAGGGAUGCAUUCGUUACCGACAAAGAUGGCGAAAUUAUGACAAAUGAGAUACCGGAUACAUCAAUAAGUACUAAAGUUGGUGACGGAGGUACGUUUUGUGUUGUUUGCGAAUUCGCUAUGCACUAUGUCGACAAAGAACUUGGCAAUGAAAAGGAAAAGCAUAAAGUUGAAAGGGUAAUUCGUGGUGUUUGUAAUCAUCUUCCAAAUACCAUUUCCCGAGAAUGUAAUGAUUUUGUUACCCGUUAUGCCGAUGCUCUAAUCGAUGUUAUUUCGAAAGAUGUUAGCCCUAAGCAAGCUUGUUCGAUGAUCGGUCUUUGUUCAUUCUAUGAAAAGAAAAUGAAAGAAUCUGUAACAGAGUGUGCUUUGUGCAAGUCAAUUAUAUCAGUGGUCGACGAACUCUUGGAUAAUCCUACAGUUGAUGGCGACAUUAAGCAAACAGUAUCGAAAGUUUGUAAAUACAUACCAGCGAGUAAACAGAACAAGUGUGUCUCACUGAUGAAUAUCUAUGGACAAAGUAUCAUAAAUCUGAUCAAACGUCGUGAAAAUAUGAAUAAAAUAUGCAGUCUAAUAGCUGUUUGUCCACCUAAUGAUUAUACAUCAGUUGCUUUGGAAAAUGCACGAAUUAAACGAUCGUACGAGAAAAAUCGUAUAAAGCAUUGUACAUGGGGACCAGUUUACUGGUGUUCUACCAAUGAAACAGCUCGCGAAUGUAAAGCUGUUGAACAUUGCAAAGAAAACGUGUGGAAAGCUGAUUUUGCUCCUCCAAAACAGAUCACUUUGAGCGAAGCAGAACCCAAUGUUUAACUUUGUAAUAAAAAAAUAAAUUGAACUAUUUCCCGAUACCAAUAUUCUUACAUCUUUAAAAUGUUUGAUCUUAUGAAUUUCAUGUUUCUUUAUGAUAUUAUACAAAUAAUUAUUAGAAGUUUAAUAUUCAUUUUUUAGGAUAACGAUGCACUAUUCUAUUAAGAUAUAAAAAUGUGAUAGCACUGUUAAAAAUUUAAAAAAUGAUGUUUAAUCGAAAAUUAUAUAUGUAGUCUCGGAAAUAUAGAUGUAAGCGUAAAAGAUAAGCUUUUUACACUGUCACAGACAUAUUGCCUUCGUAUUGUUGAAUUAAGUUCAUAUUUUGUAAUAAUUACUGUAAUUACGAAACCUAUAAUAUUAAAAUAUAUAACUCAUA